AUGAACUCAAAUAAAAUAAAAAAUGAAAUCAAUAUAUUACUGUUGGGUGAGACAGGUGUGGGAAAGACUACAUUCAUCAACGCUUUUGCCAAUUAUUUGAACAGCGAUUCACUGGAACAGGCAGUCAAUAGUAGACCCCUGUGUCUUAUACCGACUCAGUUUGUUAUCACUGAUGCCGACUAUCAGUUACGAAACGUGUCGUAUGGUGACGAUAAUAAUGAAAAUUUUGACAGUCCAGGACAGUCAACCACACAACAGUGUCGAGCAUAUUGUUUCCGAUACGAAAACGAUGACCACCAGAUACUGGUACGACUCAUAGACACACCCGGUGUGGGCGAUACGCGCGGCACCGAUCAGGACAAGUAUAACUUGGAUCAUGUCCUGCAGUUCAUCAGUCAGUACGAGUGGUUGCAUCUGAUUUGUAUACUAAUGAAACCCGAUAUGGUUAGACUGACCGAAACAUUUCAGUAUUGUCUAAAACAAUUGCUUAGUUAUCUUCAAAAGGAUGCAAGCAAUAACAUGGUGUUUGUCUUUACCAACACACGACCUACGUUUUAUCGACCGAAAAACACACCGGCGCUACUCAAACAAGUAUUGGACGAAUUGGAAACACAGACACCAGGUGUUAGGAUACCACUGGACAAACAGACCAUGUAUUGUGUGGAUAACGACUCGUUUCAGUAUUUGAUAGCCGUUCGGGACGGUGUCGAGUUUGAGGCCGAUUUGUUGGACAACUAUGAGCUCAGUUGGCAGCGUUCGGUUGACGAGUGUAAACGUCUACUGAACUAUGUGACUGUUGGACAGUCACGCAAACCGCUACCACCGCAUCGCAUUCAGAACACACUGUCCAUCAAUGAAACCCGACGGCUGAUACUGGCCCUAAGCGAACCAUUAGUUAAGGUGAGCGACGAUAUUUGCGACUAUCUCAACGAAUUGAAUCAAUUGCGAGCACAAGUAGCCGAUUGUCAGGAAGAUAUCGAUAACAUACUGACCAAACUCAGGCAUGUUGACCGACAGGAGCCGACGGGUUUUUUCGGACGACUAUUUGGUAGCAAAAAUAGAGCCGAUAAGGAAAAAGAUAAACUACUGGAACUGUUAUCGGAGACUACCGAUAGUCAGAAAACCAAAGAGAACUCCAUUAUUCAUAUCGAUUGUUUGAUACAUGUGCUCAAACAGGAAGAGGACACUAUUAUGCAAUCGAUGGCCAAAUUUGCAUUGUUUCUCAAACGUAAUGCCAUUACAGUGUGGAACGACUCGUGCGACGACUACAUAAGCAAACAGAAAAGUAUUGUCCAAACAUCGAGCAAAUCGAUGGAAACCAUUAGACAGGAACUGGACAAAUGGCAGGCCAUAUAUGAGAGGUAUGGUAUGGAACGUAAACUAUUAGAAAAAGCUAUCGAUUUGGGCGAACUGGAAGGCAUAGAGAUAUCAGUGGAAAAUGUGGCCAAUUUGAUACCAGCCCUCUAUGAACUAAAAUAUACUGGCGAUGAAAUACGCGAACAGCACCGUAAAUAUAUGGCACACAAUGAACUGGCAAUAAAACGUGAACUGAUUUACGUAAUUGAACCAAAUGAGUCCAGGUCGUUUUUUAUGGCUAUUAAAUUUUAA